GUAAAAAAUCGUCUUGCCUUCCAUCCUUACCCUAUCCCCUCUCAUUCUUAUCUUGGCGGCGGCGCAGGCGCAGGCGAGCGGCCGUCCAGUCGCGCGGGCAGCAGGGGGCGGCCGUCCGUCCAGGCGCAGGCGAGCGGCCGUCCGUCCAGCGCAGGCUAGCGGCCAUCCGUCCAGGCGAACUGCGAGCAGGCGUCCGUCCAAACGAACUGCGAGCGUCCGUCCAGGCUUCCGUCCAGCGAGCGGCACAACUUUUCUACGCACAACACAUUCCAAGAACCAAUGGACAAGGCGACCAAGCUUUUGAUUUAUGGUGCUUCAGCACACAUGUUGUUGUCCAUGAUGGCUAUGGUUAUUGAGUCUAGAAAAAGAAAAAGAUAUAGUAGAAGAGUCGGUAUUACUUAUGGGCCAAUGGAGGAAAGGGAUAGGAUGAGACUUGAUUAUCUUAACACUAAAAUAUGGAUGAGUGAUACAACAUAUGUGAACAUGCUUAGACUUAGUAGGUCUAGUUUCUUUCGCUUUUGUAGGGGCUUUAGAGACCGGGGUUUACUUGAAGAUACAAUACACAUGUGUGUUGAGGAACAAGUGGCCAUGUUUUUGAACACAGUGGGACAUAACCUUAGGAAUAGGUUGGUGGGAACAAAUUAUGGUAGAUCUGGUGAGACUGUUAGUCGCUACUUCAACAAAGUGCUUCGUGCUAUUGGAGAGCUACGAGCUGAACUUAUUAGGCCACCAUCAUUAGAGACUCCAUCCAAAAUAGCAGGAAAUCCAAGAUGGGAUCCCUACUUUAAGGAUUGCAUUGGAGCUAUUGAUGGCACACAUAUAAGAGCUUCGGUUUCCAUAGAUAUGGAACCUUCAUUUCGUGGUAGAAAGUCUUAUGCCUCUCAAAAUGUAAUGGCAGCCGUUGAUUUUGAUCUUCGAUUCACAUAUGUCUUGGCUGGUUGGGAGGGUUCAACACAUGAUGCUUUAGUACUAAGAGAUGCUUUAGAGCGAGAGAAUGGCCUUCGUGUACCACAAGGAAAAUUCUAUCUAGUGGACGCUGGAUAUGGAGCCAAACCUGGAUUUUUGCCCCCUUUUCGUGCUGUCCGGUAUCACUUGAAUGAAUGGGGAAAUAAUCCGGUACAAAAUGAGAAGGAGUUGUUCAACCUUAGGCACUCGUCUCUUCGUGUCACCGUAGAGCGUGCAUUUGGUUCACUGAAGAGAAGAUUUAAAAUACUUGAUGAUGCCACACCAUUCUUUCCAUUUUCUACUCAAGUAGAUAUUGUUGUAGCCUGCUGCAUUAUUCACAACUGGGUCAUACAAGAUGGAGGCGAUGAGCUGAUCAUUGAAGAAUCUAAUUGGCCAAUUCAUAAUCAUGCUACAACAUCAAGUGGCCAAGCUAGUGAACAUGCAUUCAUGGUUAAUUUGAGGCAUGAAAUAGAAAAUCAGAUGUGGGAAGAUCGUCAAAACCACUAUGCUUCCUAAUUUGUUAUUGUUUUUCUUGCUGUAAUUUUUAUUUAUGGACAUUAAUAUAUGGACUUAAUUAAUGUAUUCAUAUAUUGUGUGAGAUUACUUCUUGCUAUAUGCACAUU